CCUAGUAGAUAAGCUCAAUCUAAAUGUCAAAAACUUUAUAAUAGUUUUAAUCUAAAUUUUCUGUCAGAUACACUAAUUUUACCUCCUCAAAUUAGAUUUAAGGUUUGUUCAUUAAGUUUUGUGUGAAGUAAAAGAUAAAAAUGCGAACCUGGUAUUUUCUCAGUAUCGUCUUACUCGUCGUUCUUCAGUUGGCAGCCCAAACAAAAGAAAGUCCUCGCCAAGGAGACCAGCAGAGCGGAAAGGAGUGCUCGUUGGGACAGUUUCCCUUUGUUGUUGCAGUUCUAGAUGGGUACUACAAUAUUUGGUGUACGGCUGCUUUGAUCACCGCUUCAAGAGGUCUGACAGUAGCGCAUCGGUUCACUGGAUGGACAAAGAGGGUAUUCUUCUGCAUGGGAGGCGACACAAAAGUGGUCAAAGGGUCCGAUUUGCGAUUUCGUCAAAUCAAAGUUAUCGUCGGUUGCCGCAUGCAUCCAAAGGCAGAGAUGCGGUUUGGCAGUAGUAUUGGAUAUAAUGUUGAGUAUGAUCAAGCAGUAAUAACUCUGGACUCACCGUUUGUACUGUCAUCUUACCUUUCAACGAUUCGAAUAUCCACAACGCACCUGUCAGAAGGUCGAGACUGUUAUCUUGUUGCAUUUAACUACAGCAGCUCAUAUUCAGAAUCUGAGCAAGGCCUCAGAUACGGCAAAUUCAUUUCCAAUAAAAAGGAGACCUGCCCGAUUUAUUCAAAAAACUAUCCAUCCAUAUACUGUACCCAAGGGGAAAUGGUCUCAACGAAUGAAGGAAACAAAGGAGGUCUUCUGAUAACUCCUCGGAAGCCUUACGAACUAUAUGGAACCUUUGCGAGGCGUAAUGUUUUCUCGAAUGCUGUUCGUAACGCAAGGUGGAUAUACGCAGCAGUAAACAGGGGAUGCAAAGCUUCGUUUGUAAUGAGGUCCCUAAUUGACUUGUGUGCAAGGAGUACUUUAACUUACGAAUCCUUUUUUUCAGAUUCUUUUAUGUAACGACUUACCAGUGGU